AUGCAGCUCCUCCACCUCCUCCCCUUCCUGGGCAUCGCCCUUGCAACCCCAUUGCACCCACCUCCACCCCCUCCUGCACAUGCACCUCAUCCUCCUACUCCGCCUUCUCACCCACACCUUCACGCCCCCAAGUCAAACAUCAAAUGCCCCCUAAUCUUCGACGGCCGCAUCACCAAAAACCUAACCCUCCAAUCCUUCGACACACCCGCCGGCUCCACUCCCUACAACCCCGACUACGUAAAAGGCGAAAACCGCACCUGGUCCUCCAUUCUCCUCUUCCCCAAGACCACACCUCCAUCCCGCUUCGACAACCCCCUCCAGCACAAACCAGUCGAAGUAACAAUCGACGACGGCUCCCUCUUCCGCGCAGGCGAGAACCUCCAAACAGGAUUCCGCCGCGCAGGUCUCCUUCUCAAAGACGAUCUUAACGAUGCUGGGGCUGAUGCAUCGGAUAACGGCGUCGUGACGUUCCAUUGGAGUGUCCGGCAGGAUGAACACAGACCGUUGAAUCUGAGCCAUGAGUAUAUGAAUGUGUGGCAUGAGAAGGGUGAUUAUAGCGGUAACCAAUUCAUGUUCGUCGGAGGUGUUGUGUUGGUCGGCGAUGGCGGGACGGGUGUGGAUACGAAGAAAGAGCGGGAGAUGUGGAAGGUGCAAAACGCGAAGAAUGAGUUUGUGUAUGAGACGAGGAUUUUGAGGGGGGAGUGGCAGAAUUUUGGGGUGCAGUUGGAUUAUGUUAGGGAUACGAUCAAGGUUUAUUACUCUGCGGGUAAUAAGCCGUUGAAGGCGGUGACGAAGGCUACGCCUAAUAGCAAUGCUGGUGGUGGGCAGUUGCAGAUUGGUAUUGCGAAGAAGCCUACGGAGACUGAGACGGUGGUGUAUGAUGGGUACCAAGAGCACAUUCCACUCCGUGGUGAAGGGCAGAUCUACGGUGGCAUCUUUGUGGAGGAUAGCUCGAAUGGGUGUGUCAGUCUUUGA